AAUAAUAUGAGCAAGUGCCAUCCUCCCCUACCCCCAGUUAAUCAGCACCAGCCUAACCUCACAUACAGGCAUGGGAAGACAGGACUCAGUUCUACAUUGAUGCAGUGAGUGUUGGAGGGAGGUCCCUUGCUCUGCUUAUGAAGUAUUUUACAGAGCUGCACCUCCUUCUCUGAACUAUGUUUGGGAGACAGGAUGCAGGACAUGGUGAGACUGGCACAGGAACAGGUCCUGAAUACUGAGAGAGGGCUCAUACUGAACCUGGCAGGAGCAGAGAGGUAAAGGACCACAGAGAGGGGAAACCCUCACACUGCAGCAAAUGAUCCGACAUUUCUUACGCAAUGAUUCAGAAGAGGCAGAGUUGGCAGAAAUAAUACGAGGAUUCCCUGGGGAGAGUCCUAAGAAGGCCCAAGUCCUAGAGGAGAAGACAUUGAAGGAACAGGAGGAAAGGCUUCAAAGGGAGCAUCAAGAAGAGGACGAGAGACUGCAACGAGAACACCAGGAAGAGAAGCUACGGCGACAGCAACAUGAGGAGAACGAAAAGCUCUGCAGAGAACUGCAAAGCGAGCAGGAGGAGCGCUUCUAUAGGGAACAUGAGGAUGAAAAGCUACAUAGAGAGCAGCAUGAUGAGGAGAUGCUACACAAAGACCUCCUGCAAGAAGUAAAACUAUGCCAAGAACAGCAAGAGGAAGGAGAAAGAGAAACAAAGCAGAGCGAUCAACAAAGAUACCAUUUAGAUCAAGAGGAGAAGUAUUGUAAGGAGCUUGAGAAGCAUUUCUAUAACAAUGGUUUCCCAUCACACAUAAAUUCAGAGUUUUCCAAGGUUGCUCGAUACGGCAAGGAGGACUUAGAAGAAGGACUGACUUAUAGUCAGACUCUGCCUGUCAGGCCUCCAAGAGCUGGCUGCCCUCCUCUGAUGCCUCCUCAUAGCCCUUCCAGACCUAAAAGUCCAUGGGGCAAGCUUGACCCAUAUGACUCAUGUGAGGAAGAUAGAGACUAUGUGGGCUUUGCCACCCUCCCCAACCAGGUGCACAGAAAAUAUGUGAAGAAAGGCUUUGAAUUCACAUUGAUGGUUGCAGGGGAGUCAGGGCUCGGAAAGUCAACUCUGAUUAAUAGUCUCUUCCUCACGGAUCUAUAUCGUAGCCGCCAGAUUCCGAGUCCAGAGGAGGAUAUUAACUGUACACAUUCACCUGCAGAAUGCGUAACACAGACAGUGGAGAUUGUGAAGCAGACAGUGGACAUUCAGGAGAAAGGCGUCAGACUGAGACUAACAGUGGUGGACACACCAGGUUAUGGUGAUGCCAUAAACAACGAGGAGUGCUGGAAGCCAAUAUCAGAUUACAUUGACCAGCAAUUUGAGCAAUACUUCAGGGAUGAAAGUGGAUUAAAUCGCAAGAAUCUCCAGGACACUCGUGUGCAUUGCUGUCUGUACUUUCUGUCACCUCUCGGACACGGAAUGCGUCCCCUGGACAUAGAGUUUCUCCGCGCACUCCAGGAUAGAGUGAAUAUUGUGCCAAUCCUGGCAAAAGCUGACAGCCUGACACCUACAGAGCUGCUGCAGAAGAAACAGAGGAUUCGAGAAGAGUUGGAACACUUUGGGAUCCAGAUCUAUCAGUUUCCAGAGUGUGAUUCAGACCAGGAUGAGGACUUUAAAGUCCAGGACAUGGAACUGAAGAGAAGCAUUCCGUUUGCUGUGAUCGGCUCCAAUACUGUUGUGGAGAUUAAUGGGCGUCGUGUGAGAGGCCGACUGUACCCUUGGGGAGUAGUAGAAGUGGAGAACGAGAAGCACUGUGACUUUGUUAAGCUGCGCACCAUGCUGAUCCGCACUCACAUGCAGGACUUGAAAGAUGUUACACGUGAAACCCACUACGAGAACUACCGUGCCCAGUGCAUUCAGAGCCUGACCCAGCGGGUGGUGAGAGAACGAAACCGCAAUAAACUGACCAGGGAGAGUGGUACUGACUUUCCAAUCCCCAGUGUGCCUCCAUCACCAGACCAUGAUACCCAGAGACUAAUUCGAGAAAAGGAUGAGGAGUUAAGGCGAAUGCAGGAGGUGCUUCAGAAAAUGCAGAAACAGAUGAAGGAGUCCCAUUAAUUCUUUGCCGUCGCACUCAACAUCCUUUAACAGCUUUUCAUAAUACCUCAAGCUGAUCCUCAUUGUGUCCCGCAAUAAUCACCGAAAGGCCAAAGUUGUACAGAAUAUAUGGAUACAAAGUAGACAUGUCCCGAUAUCUACUUGGAAAAGUCAGCAAUGCAAGCUUCAAGAGAUGACAUGUAGGAAAUGAUGGAUUUUGGGUCAAGCUUGCAAGGAAAGCACAGAAACAAGUCUUUUGAAUGCCAUUAUUUUUGGAGUCGAGCGUUUUGGCAAUGAAUUGGUUAAAUAAUGGACCAUUUUGCAAAAUGUAUGAGAGAAUACAAGGGUGGUUGCAGCAGUCAAUAAAUACCCAUCAGUUAAUCCGCAUUCUUUAAGUGAUGUAUCUGAUGGACUGAAACGCGUACAUGGCGGAACAGGUGUAACUUCUUGAGACUAUUCUACGGAUGUGAAACAAGUUGUUACCAAAUGGGGUUAAAUGAAUCAUGUGAGACAUCUCGCCAACCAUGGCCUUAACCCCAUUUCUGCCUUUUUGGGAGGUAUAUGUCUUCCUGUAUGUGAACAUUUUUUGAUACAUAUAUUGUCAUGUACUCUUUACACACAAACACCAUUGACAGGAUUUACUAAACAGGUGGUGGAACCUAUAGGUUCAAGUGUUCCGUUCACUUAACCAUCAAUUGUAGCAGCUUUAUUGCACUGUAGCUCAGCUAGGCAGAUAUAGCUAAGCAAAGUCAUACUUCUUUAUGUUUCUCAUCACCCUUAUGAGAUUAUUCAAGUAGCUUCCUCGUUGACUUCAAUGGUGGAAAGUUCAACUUGGCAACAAGCCUACUUCAUACAGUGUUCAGGCUGAACUUUGCAACUAUUCGUAAAAUGAUUUCAAAACCAGCUGGAUCCCAUUUGUCAUGGUAUUAUUCUGAUUUAAUUUGUGGCUUCCAGCCUGACAUUACUGUAGUAAAUACUUGUGGCACCAGUUAACAUUUUAUUGAAUAGACAUCCAAAGUAAAUCAUGUAGCAUAGUAUCUUGGUACCAUUCCUAAUUUACUGAACCCACAAAGCUCAUGCUUGUAUUUGUCAAAACCAGAUAUAACCGUAGAGGAUUAAUAAUCACAAAAACAUUUCCUAGGAAGACUUUUUUUUACUUCUAAAUAUACAUUUAAAAAAAAUACUCUACUAGCAGCUUAGAGCCUUUAAUUGAAUUUAUUUUAGCAAAUUGACCACCCUGGAGAAACACAAAUGCAGCAUUGCUUAAACUUAAUGUGCCACAUAUAAAAACCCCAAGCAAAUCAGUGUUGUUUGUUUAAUUUUCCAAUUUCUACGGUCUACAAUUUAAUAUUCUUGUGUUGCUAUAGUAACAGCUCUUAUAGCAUUAAUUUACUAUAAACAUUCUGUAACUUGUGACAUGGCAAUAGGUUAAGGCACCAGUAGCCUGAAUCAACAAUAAUAUAGUUAAAUGCUUCACAGAUUAAAGUUGCUGGUCUUGGAUAAUGAAUCUUAAGUUGUGUUCCCAAUGCCAGAUGUCCCCUAUCCCUAGCAACACAAAAUGUUACCUGGGGAAUUUGGAGUCUGCAGUCUGUGGCAUUCCACAAUAAGGACACAAAUAGCAUUAUGUCUGUGUUGUGUUGAACACAUUAAACAGAGCUGACAUAGUGGGAGCAGGCAAAAAACGGACUCCCCGGAAGGGAUUGCAGAGAAUCAGAAUUCCAGGGUGACUUGAAGACUAGUCACCGCAGCACAAUAUAUAUCUCCCAUUGUUAUACCUCUGUGAAUAGAUGAAACUAUCAGUUAUUUACUAAAGUAGGAAUUCAAGGUGAAUUUAAAAUGUAAGGCCAGAGUAUCUGAAAUGAAAGCUAGAACAUUUUUACAGUUUGACUACUUGGACCUAAAGGGACACUAAAUGCAAUCAGAUGAUGCCACAUCAUCUCAAUGAGUGCAUUCCCCGUGGUGUUUUAGCUAUCAAAUCUAAAACAUUGCCAUUUAGUGGUUACAACAAUCUUCUGAUUGCAGGGAUAAACACAUCGCUAGUGGCUGACUUCCUAAAUGGCAGAGAUUUGGGCAGUGAGACGACAGGGGCAUGAUCUAUACACCAAAACUGCUUCAUUAAGAUAAAGUUGUUUUGGUGCUUAGAGUGCCCCUUUAAAGAAGAAAUGUGAAACUUUAUAUUAGCAGCCCAGUAAACGUUAUUGAAUUUUAUAUUUUUUGGAAAAUAUCAAAACCAAUGGAAAGUGAACUUAUCUCCCCUGUAAUUUGUAAUAUAACUAUUUGGAACUAUUUGGAAGAUUUAAAAAUGUUACAUCUUCAUAAAAAUCUGUCUGCUUCUUUCCUAUUCCUAUAUUUAGUUAAUUAACGUGAAAAGCUUGUAAACUUGAGGCGAUGAUUUCCAUGUUAAUUUCAAGGAUACAUUUUAUACUAAAGUACAUUCAGCUGAUUUGAAUCAGUUAAGUACACAUCAGUUUUGUUAGAGACUUGUUUCUAAAGUUUGCUCAGAGAGCUAGCCCAAUAUUAGGACGGAAUUGUGGGAAGUCUUAGUUAAUUUGCAUAAAGUGCCCUGAAUGUAUCUGUUCAGAAUUGAGUUGUGAUGUCAGAGUAACUUUUUCUUAAUCAAUACAUAAAAAAUAUAAAAAUAAUAUAUUCAGCAUUAAUUGACUAAUACAGACAGUAUUUAAACUCCAAUUGAAAACCUAUAAUUUGGUUAAAAAAAAUAUAUGGGGGCUGUCACUGCCUUAGAGCAGUGGUUUCCAAACCAGUCCUCAAGGCAAGCCUACCAGUCCAGGAUUUAGGGAUUACCCAGUUGU